AUGUGUAAAAUUACAGUGUAUGUGUAAAAAUUACAGUGUAUGUGUAUGAGUGGUGAUGUGUUAAAACCAAAGUUUUGCUGAUAUUUAAAACAAAACAGGGUCAAUUACAAUAGAAAAAGAGGAAAACGAAGGCGAGGGCGCAGCACAGACACGAUGAACUACAAUCCAAACGCGGGUAUAAGGAAUCGUAAGUGGGAAAAUUCUCAAGGCGGCGGACGGGCGCGUCCAAUUAAACGGGUGAGCGAUGUGAACGCUAUGGGUCCAUCUGCACCAAUGCCCAGUGGCUCUGCCUUUAUGACGCCGACUGCGGCACCCACAAUGUUUGAUCCGAACAUGUACGCGGGACCAGCACCACAAGCUAACAAUUAUGGCUUUAAUGCAGGCCCAACAGCACCACAUCAGCAGCAGCAGCAGCAAAGCUUUGGCUUUACCACGGCAGCACCACAACCAACGCAACCGCAGGCAGCUGUACCACCUGGACCUGGACCGGCGUCAUUCGGAUUAGGUGCACCACAGCAGCCGCCUUAUGGUGCUGCACCCGGAGCUGUACCGCCUGGCGGGCAAUAUCCACAGUUUGCCAUGUUCCAACAGCCCAUUGUACAAGACAUGGCUAUGCAAUAUGGCCAACGUCUGGCGGAUCAGGGCAAGCAGCUGGUGGAGAAUCAGUUUGAAAAGUGGGUGCCAGUGGCUAAACUGAAGUACUACUUUGCCGUUGAUAAUGCCUAUGUGGGUAGGAAGCUGCGCUUGCUCUUCUUCCCUUACAUUCACAAGGACUGGUCUUUGAAGUACGAUCAAGAGCAUCCAGUGCAGCCUCGUUAUGAUAUCAACGCUCCCGAUCUCUAUCUGCCGACUAUGGGUUAUAUAACCUAUGUUAUUGUUGCCGGUUUGCUGCUGGGCAUGCAGAAUCGUUUCUCGCCCGAACAGCUGGGAAUUCAGGCAUCCAGCGCUAUGGCCUAUAGCAUUUUCGAACUUGUUAUCUACUCAAUAUCGCUGUAUGUGAUGAAUGUGAAGACGAGUCUCAAGACUUUGGAUUUGCUGGCAUUUACGGGCUAUAAAUAUGUGAACAUCGUUGUCUGUCUUCUGAUGAGCACACUGUUCUUUCGAUCUGGCUACUAUAUAGCGUUAGCAUACACCAGCUUCGCCUUUGGUUUCUUUUUGUUGCGCACUCUGCGAACAAAAUUGUUGCAGGACAACUCUCCGGCAGCUCCCAGUGGUGCCAUCAACUAUGAUCCUUACGGGAAUCCACGGCAGUUUGAUUAUAGCGGCGGACGCAAACGGAAGCUAUACUUUCUCUUCAUUGUGAUUGCCGGACAGAUGUUGUUUGCCUUCCUGCUAUCCAAGCACUUGUAUCUGCCCGGUGUGGAUCCAUUGGCGACGCUGAAAGCGCUCUAAAAAAUAUGCUUAGUAUAAUUUUGUGAAACUCAUUGAAUUAACCGGGGGCAAUGAUAUAAUACAUACAUUUAUCCAAGCACACAUGUCUGUAGUAUAAACUCUCAAAAUCGAUGUGUUAAAUGUUUCCAAAACAAAUGCAAACAAAAUCAUUUCCAAAAUGUUAAAAUCUUAGUGGUAUCAAUUGAGAUUAGCGGAAAUGAAGCAUACUAACUUUUUUGUUAAUAACAACUUAAAAAUAAAACACAUUUUAUAAAUAAAAAGAAAUGCUUAAAAAGAAA